CGAGCCCCGGCUCCAGCUGGCCUCCCCCGCUGCGCUGCUCCCAUGGCGGACUCACCUCUUAACAACUCCUGGCCCUCCUUCUCCAAACUCUGGAUGAAGAGAUGGUCCUUCAAGAGAGCAUCAGAGUGUAAGCCAUGUAGCGAGUCCUGUGAGCCGCCUGGUGCCCAGCUGAGCGGUCAGCCAUUUGCCCCCAGUGUAGCUGGGACAGGGUCCUCUUCCUCACUGUCUCCUGCUUCUAUCGCUGAGGAUGUCUUUUUCAGUAACACCAACGAGGAUGAGGAUACCUGCUCAGUAGUCAGUGAUUACGACUACCCUGGUGUGGAGGUGGAAAGCAGUGUGGAGGACCUGCUGGGCCUCAGCUCCUCUCUCAAAGACUCUGAGUUCUUCAGAGACCUGGAAGGAGGCUUGCUUCCUUCACAGUCUACAGCAUCCACAGUACCCACAGCACCGGACAGCCCCACCCGGACUGUGGGCCCUCAGGUGUCUCUGAGCACGGACAGUCCCGCUAUCAGCUGGCCUGAACAAACUUCUCUGAGCACACACUGCCCUCAGGCCAAUGCACAUCUGCCCUCCCCCCACAGACAGCCUGGAGGAGGAUCACAAGAACCCUCUACCAGCUUUGUGAUCACCCAGCUUAGUCCUCGGACAUUGCCAGGCUGCAUCAUUGACAGCUGUGACUGUGAAGACCCUGCAGUGGGGCUUAGUUUGACAAUUAAUCUGAAUGGACUAUUGGGAUCUAUGGAGUCAGGAAAAUACACCGCAGAAGUGGUACCACAGGGGAUGAUGGGACCAGGCGGAGUAGAGGGGCAUCCAGCUAAGGAGUUAGAUGAAGACCAAGACCUUGACAGCUUCCCUAUCCUGGUCCGAUCCAUGUCAACCUCUCGCAGGCACAGCUGGGGUGUGCCUGUAUCCCCUAUUAACCUGGGGCGGAGACUGAGUCUGGACACCAAUGCAAUGGACAGUGAUGGAGAGAGAGAGGAUGAGGAGGAGAGACAGAACAGUCUCUUCCCAUCUUCCCAUCAGCAGACCCACGACUGCCCAGCAUGCCCUGAGACUGGCCAGGGGGACGAGCCAGAUGGUCCCAGGCGGAGAGUCUCCUGUCCCAAAGCCAAGGAGACAGGCAAGGAUGCGGGCACGCCUGGCAGACAUCUGUACUCUCGUUCAGACAUCCUCGCCACAGACGAAUGUUCCCGUGCUGCACACGUUUCCCGUGUUGUCGAGACAUCUAAACAGGCUGCCAGGGCAGCAGGAGAGGAGCUGGACCUUGAGGAGAACCUACAGUCUGCUGAGGGACAAAACCAUAUGCUGAAGGUACAGAAAGUUCUGCAGGAGCUAAGGCUGUACCAUGGAACCAAGAAGAACAACAGAUCAGAGGCCAAGGAUUCAGGAAGUGUCACUUGGUACGAGUUCCUCUCGAAUGAGAAUGAGGAAGAGGAGGAUCGUAUAGAGAAGGUGGAGAAAGGCACCAAGGUGAAGAGAAGGCUCAGCUCUCUGAGAAACAGGAUGACUGGCUCCUUCAAUAAAGACAAGGGUAAGAACCGAGAAAAAGAGCAGCAGAAAGAGAAGGGGAAGGAGAAGGAGCCCAAAGAGAAAGCAUGUGACAGCAGCAAGCAUCAGUUGGUGCCAGGCGCUUUCUCCAGCUGUGCCACCUGCUCACUGUGCAGCAAGACCCUGCAGAGAAAGCAUGGCCUGCAGUGCGUGAACUGUGCUGUGAACGUUCACAAGAGCUGCAAGAGUCUGCUGGGCGAGUGCAGCAACAGCAAGAAUAAGAGAGAUUCUCUACAAAGGACAGCCCCAUCAGGAUCUCCUAACCUUGUGCUGAAAGAGCGGGACAGAGAGCGGGACCAGUCCUGCCCAGCCUCACUCCAGCCUGUGGAUGGCCCCCCAGGUUUGCUUUGUGCCCCAGGCAUGACCAUCCCUCCACGGGGAGCCAACGCCCAGCCGACCACCACCCACACUGCCAGCUCCGCCUCAGCCCCUCCAUCCACCUCCUAUAGCUUUGGCCACAGCCUUCAUCACCACAGCAGCUCAGGAUCCCUCCCUGGGGAGAUGGACGAGACUGAUACCCUCCGCUUCAAACGUUUGAAUGAAGAUGCUGUUUCCCUUGCUCCAUCCACGACCGAGUCCAUCAUCGUAGAAGAUGCUCACUAUGCAGCGGUACGGGCUGAUCUGGAGUCAGAUGCCCAGGAUCUGGAAGCAGAGUCCUGGAGUUUGGCGGUUGACCCGCAGUAUGUCAAGAAACACUCUAAGGAAACGGUGAAGAGGCAAGAUGUGAUCUAUGAGUUGAUGCAGACGGAGAUGCACCAUGUGCGGACACUGAAGAUCAUGCUGCGCGUGUAUGUCAGAGAGCUGAAGGAGAACCUCCAGAUGGACUCAGGCAGGCUGGACUGUCUGUUCCCCCGCCUGGAAAACCUCCUGGAGCUCCACACACAUUUCCUAUCCCGCCUCAAAGAACGCCGGCGAGAGAACCUCAUCACACCCAAUGACAGGAAUUACUCCAUCCACAGAAUGGCCGACAUACUCAUCACACAGUUCUCAGGUGAAAUAGGAGUGAGGAUGAAGGAGAGCUACGGAGAUUUCUGCAGUCAUCACAGUGAGGCUGUCAGCUACUACAAAGAGCAGCUGCAAAACAACAAGAAGUUCCAGAACCUCAUACGGAAAAUCAAUAACCUGUCCAUUGUACGGCGGUUAGGAGUGACAGAGUGCAUUCUGCUGGUGACACAGCGCAUCACCAAGUACCCAGUGCUAGUAGAGCGAAUUAUACACAACACUGAAGUGGGCACAGAUGAACAUGAAGAGCUGACCCGGGCGCUGGGUCUGAUCAAAGACACCAUCGUCCAGGUGGAUGCAUUGGUCAACCUCCAUGAAAAGGCCUCGCGACUCAGAGAUAUUCACAACAAGAUGGAGCCAAAGGCACUGGGCAAAAUCAAAGAUGGCCGAGUAUUCCGCAGGGAAGACCUGGCACAAGGCAGGAGGAGACUGCUGCACGAGGGCACAGUCAACUGGAAAGCUGCCUCCGGCAGGCUCAAAGAUAUUCUUGGAGUGCUGCUGUCAGAUGUGUUACUCUUGCUACAAGAGAAAGACCAGAGAUAUGUAUUUGCUACAGUGGACAACAAGCCGUCAGUGAUUUCUCUUCAGAAACUCAUUGUCAGGGAGGUGGCCCAUGAGGAAAAGGCCAUGUUCCUUAUCUGCGCCUCCUCCAAUGAGCCAGAGAUGUAUGAGAUCCACACCACCUCCAAGGAGGAGCGAAACACCUGGAUGACACAUAUACGACAAGCUGUGGAGAGCUGUCCUCAUACAGAGGAGAGGCUGUUUAGUGAAGAGGAAGAGGCACGAGCUGCUAGAUUCAAAGAGUUUCAAGAGCGUCUGAGCCAGAAGGAUGCAGUGAUCGUCCAGGCUCUGACUGACAAGUUGCAGCUGUUUGCAGACAUGGCAGAGUCAGUGGCAGGUCUUGAGGACACAGCCUCACGCUCUAGACUGAUGCUGCGAGGAGAUGCCUCGGACCUCCAGCAGGGGGAGACUCUGCUCAAAGGAGCCAUCACUGAGGUGGAGAACCUGCAGAACCUGCUGCAGUCCGGAGUGAAGGAGGAAGCUCCCGCCCCUAGGUCGGAGGAGGGGAGCGGCUCUGGGGUUCUGCCCAGGAGAGCAGACACCUUUGGGGGCUAUGAUAGCAACCCCACCAUUCUCAACAAGAAUGGCAGCGUCAAGAAGAAGAACUUCUCUGGUGAGGCGAGGAGCAGAGACAGGAGCCAGAGAGCCAGUUCCGACCCUCAGCUCAAAGACCUCUGUGGCAGCCACACCCUGGAGCAGACGGUCGAUGAGAGCUGCUGCUCUCCCCCUGCCAGCUGGAACCGCAUCUGGUCCAACUCUUUCCCUGAGGCUGAGUUCUUUGAUAGGGUGCUGAUGCUCUCCCAGAGGCUCUACAGCCUGCAGGCCAUCAUCUCCCAGCAGGACAGCCACAUUGAGCUGCAGCGGGCCUCACUGACAGAGCGGGCCUCCCUGCCUGGCCGCCACCGGGGGAACGUGCUCCUGGAACAGGAGAAGCAGCGGACCCUGGCUCUGCAGAGGGAGGAGCUGGCCAGCUUCCACAAGCUGCAGUCGCAGCACCGUCAGGAGCAGCAGCGCUGGGAGAAGGAGAGGGAGAGGCACCGGCAGCAGGCCGAGGCCACUGAGGCCAGGCUCCGACAGAGGGAGGAGGAAUGCAGACGGCUGGAGGAGCGUCUGGCGGAGGAGAGGGAGGAGCUGGAGAGGCAGAGGGAGACUUACCAGCAGGACCUAGAGAGGCUGAGGGAGUCCACCAGAGCUGUGGAGAGAGAGAAGGAACGCCUGGAGCACCAGAAGAAGAUCAAGAGGAAGACCAUUGAGGUGGCUCCUCUGUCCAGUGCUCUGAACGGGGAGCUCCUCAUGUCUUCCAGCAUCACCAGUCCGACUAGCGUCUCUGACCUGCCCCUGCCCCAGAAGCCCCUGGUGCGCGGAAGCCUGUCUGUUGCGCCGGCCGACUACCUGGAGCGUCCUGAGGUGGCAUUGCGGCGUGAGGCAGGCAGCACUGCCCUGCCGGUGAAGACGGAGGUGCCGCUCCAUCUCUUCAGCACGACCAACCAGCAGCACAAAGCCGUAGGGGUGCAGCAGCAGAUCCCCACCAAGCUGGCAGCCCUCAGCAGGGGCAAGGAGAAGGGAGGCAAGGGCGGCAAGGCCUCACAUCGCACUGACAGCACUGCCUCAGUGGAUAUGAAGCAGAUGCUGCCGAUGAAGCUGUCGGCCAGAGAUGACAACGCCCUAAAAGCCAAGCGCUCCAUCAGCCCCAACCAGCAGCUCCAACUGUCUGCCCCUCCUCUGACCCACUCCCUUCUUCACCAUGCAGAUUCACUUAGUCCUCCAGACAACAUUGGACCAGACAGCCAGUUGUCCACUUCCACCAUCACCUCCCACCCCCCCUGUGUUCAGAAGCCCCCCAUUCCUCCUGCCCAGUCCCACACUCAGCCCCCAGCUCAGCCUCCCACCCAAAUCCUCAACCCUCUCCACUCACAGAGCCAGAACUCGCUCCACUUCCCGCCCCAUCUCCAGCUCCAGGGCCUCAGUCCCAACUCUCAGCCCCAGCUGCAGGUCCAUGUCCACGGGCUCAGCCACAGCCACAGCAUGCCCCCUCCCUACAGGACCACCACAGAGGACCUCAACAAGGAAGACGUCAUCUUCUUCUAAGCGCAUGCUACAGUCCACUGCACUCAGAUUAAUCACUGAUCACAAAAAAGGAUGUUCUCCUCUCUCCAAAGCUGGUCCCCGAUCAGCCAUGCAGUCCAUUCCGCGGAGCUACUUGCAAACAGUUAGCUGGCUCCGGUUGUGUUCAGUGUGGUAACAAAAUGCCUCACCUCAAUCUGUGGAGGCUGAGUUGUUUCUUAGGUUUGACCAGAUAAAACCUCCAGAAUUGAAGUGGUUUCAGUGGUCCAUGGCAGGGAGCAGAGGGCAGGCCUUUGGCAGAGCUUUACUGGCUCACACAGAAAGAAAAAAAACUCACAAUUCAUUUUUUGAGAUGUCAUUUUAGAAUCAAACCAUUCCCUGAUAGAAGAGCAUAUAUUUUAACCCCUCCACUGCAUCUUCCCUUUACACGAGCACUGCUUCUUUUAUAAAUUUUUACAGUUUUAUUCCUAAACUCAGUAGCAAGUGCUGACAAGUAUGAAGGGGUAAGCUUUGGUGAAAUGAAGGCUUUUUAUAACAUGUGAAGGUUGAAUGAAGUAAAACCAAUCCAAAGACAGAGCUGAGUGAAGGACUGAGACCGGUGGAUUUGGCUGCGAGUCCAGAAGGAACAUUGUAAAAGAAACACUGUUGGGUCCAUUUCAAGAAGCCUGAAGCACCAGUCAGGCUGGUUUGUGACAACAUGGAGAAAAGGAGGACCUGGUACUUGUGUUCAGAGCGGGCCAUCUGCUUCUUACGGACAUGGAAACCCGAGGUGGUCCAACUCUUACCAGGAGAACAGCCUCUGCUUGAUGUUUGUGACGAGAUGUUUCUUUUGCACAGUGUAAAUACUCCAUUCCAGACAAAUGAAUGAACUUGUAUGGACUGAAUCUGUAUUGCUUGGUUGUACAGUUGUCGAUAUUGUGAAGGUUCAUUUUAUUCAUUUUUUUCUUCUUCUUAAUCAUUCUUAUUCCAGAAGGCUAAAACACUGGAGUGCAGAAUAUUAGCAUUGCCACUGAUGGUGAAACAUGACUUGGAUUUGGUCAAUGGGUUAGUAGUAGACAUUUUUUUUUUCUAAAAAUUAAGAAUGUCUUAUUUCAUUUCAAUCAAGAACUACUGUCUUAUUCUUGUAGCCAUUCAUGCAGCAGCUCGUUAGUUUUAGGGGUACAUUUGCCUUUUAAAUGCUUCAGCUUUUCCGGACAGCUAAACUCCCUAGAGAAAUUAAUGUGGGCUAAUGAGCUAUCAACGGAGCAUGAGUAAUGAUCACAGCAGAGUACAUCAUGUAAGUUAAUAUGGGCUGAAAAUAUUAAAAUCUAUCAUGAUAACAGUAUAAAAUAUAACUUGGUGCUUUUGCACUAAUUAGUCCAAUGAAUUUAUUUAUUAUUCCCAACAGAAAAUGGCUAGGAUUAAACAGAUUAGUACAAAAAGUGGACUACAGACAGUGAGGCCACAGUUUUAAUCAUCUAAUCAAUCAAGUCCCAACCAUUUUGUUCCUGAGCUUAAACGAGCCCCUAUGUAGCUUCUUAUACAAAGGAAAAAACGUCUCUUUACUCAGAUAGUGCUCAGAGAACACUUGUUCUUAAAAGCUGCUGACGUGUACCAUAUAUCAUACUGGUUUUCUCUCUCUCUGGCCUAUAAACAUAAAGCAUAUUCUGUAGAUCCCCAGGACAAACACGUAGGUUGUGUUGUGUCGAUAAUUGAAGCAUUUUAAAGUUUAUGAACUCCCCGGUUCAACCCGUUUGAAAUGAGUCCAAGAAAGCCCCAAGGUUUUCCCGUAAGCCAGGUAAUAAAGUUUGUGCGAAUGAUAGGUGGAGUUUUUGAGAACUCCUGCAAAUGGAGCUUAUUUUGCUGACAUGACAUAUUACACAGCACCAGAACAAGUCAGCUGCGGCAGGUCGGUAUAUCUUUGAGAUAUACCGACCUGCUUUAGGAUGUCAGUUUUAAUUGAAGCCCCAAGGUCUCAUUGACACUGUGUUUAUGUGAUCGCCGAUGACAUUUCAUUAGCCGGGUCUUAAAUCAUCUUGUGCCUGACAGACAGGUGGUGCUCUGACGGCUGCAGCGAUCCCACAGCAAGAACCACAGUCAUCUGUUUUCCAGCAUUUCUGCUUUCAUCUUUUUGUCUGUACAUACCACGAGCCUGUGUUGAUACUUACAAAUCACCAAGUAGGUGACAAGUUAAUGUUUUGGGCAAAAGCAUCACAGAAGAACUUUGCAUUUCUCGUGGGAAUCUACAAGUUGUUUUUUUGUGUGUGUGUCCUUGUCCAGACGAGUUUGGGCUCAAGCGGUGACCAUUCACCUAGUGUGAGCUUGAGCAGAUUUUCUGAGCAUUUCUGUCAUUGACUUUGCAUUUGUUAUGUAUAUUCUGUACAUAUGUGAUCUCUUCCGCACUGGCCGCUUCCAUGUAAUGCGUUACUAAGAACAUGAAUCAGAUAUUACCACUGGCCAAAUGUUUGUGCAUACAUGUGUAAAUAUACUAAGCACAAUACACACAUGGAUGUGUAUGUACAAUGCUGUAUGCCUGGGAGAUGUGGCCCCACAAUCAUGUCAGUGCUGAGAUAUAAAUGAGCUGAAAAUGAAGGUACGCAUAUUUAAUAUCCUAAUCUGUGCUGAUGUAGCAUUGAAGUCAGGGUGCGCUGUCUCUUGUGUCUCUGGUACUCUUACGAUGACUAACACAGAUAUUUCACCUACAUCAUUUAGCAGUUGUGUUGAAAAAAAAAAAAUCAUCCACUCGUUUCAGUUGGUUAACCAAAGAGACGUUCAAUCGGUUGGGUUCCACACCGUGUUCUUAAUGUGAAAGGUUUCUGACACUGUGAUGGUACUAGACAAUGAAGUGGUAUCUCAUGUAAAAUAAGUAAAACUGUAAAAACACCCCGUCCAAUGAGAGUCAGUGACGAGUGUGUUUACAUUACAUGCAUACUGUAUUCCAGACAAUAGCUCAUGUCCUGGUUCAUUUGGGAUUUGCUGUCUAUAUGCAGCCUCAUACAUCACAAAUAUUCCUGUAGACAUGGAUGAACGCUAUUCUUAAUAUGACCAUGAAAGACCAUAAACAAAACUCAACAACAAAUGGAAAAAAGGUGUUGACCUGCCUCUGUCUUCUUAAUACUGUCACAUCCAUGUUUGAGUUUCUCCCUAACCGCAUCUGAUCUUGAUUCAGGGCUAUUGUAGAAGGGAUAAUGUUAUUUAUACACACCCGCCCUUAAACGCAACACUUGAGCAUUGCGAAUAACAUUGGAAUAUUAAUAUGCAUGUAAACACACUCCAUGGUUUUUUUGGGGGGGGUGGGUGGAACCUUAUAAAAUUUUAAUGAAGUGUUUUUCAUGUUGUGACAGUUCAAAGUGUGUGAAGGCUUCUGAAAAGUGUCUCCUUUAAUGAGCUUUGGGAUGAGAUGUUAAACAACAGUAAAAAAAAAAAAAA